AUGUAUGCAUUAUGCUUCGUUGUUUCAACAGCACAGCGUCGAUUACCCUAUCCUUGUAAUACAGUAAGGUGUUUUCCUGAAGGAUGUCGAGUACAACAAGUUCAAUGUGUGACAAGUCCUUGUUUUCCAGUCGCAGUUUGCUCAGGUGAACCAAGACCUGUACGCUCUGUAUGUCCAAUUGGACGACCUAUAAUUGAUACUUCUAUUAGAGAAAUCCAAUGUUCCAGUAAUGCUGCUUGUCCGACUGGUAGCUACUGUGUUCGACGUCGAGAUGGAAAUGGCAGAUGUUGCUGGAAUGGAAUUGUUUCCAGACCUAGACCUGGGUCCUGUCCUCGCCGACCCGGAGACACUUUUGGUGCAUGUGUUGAGGAGUGUUCGGGAGACGAUGAUUGUUCUGAUGAUGAAAAAUGUUGUUCAAAUGGGUGUGGACACACCUGCCAACCAGUUUUCCAAGCAUCUAAACCUGGAUCGUGUCCGCAUGUAUCACGAAACACCCGGGGUGUUUGCGUAGAGGAAUGUUCAAAUGAUGCAGAUUGUCGCGGACGUACAAAAUGUUGUUCAAACGGGUGUGGGCACACUUGUCAGUUACCGCGAUCACAAAUGAAACCUGGCAGAUGUCCUCGACAAAUAUUCAAUCCUCGGGUGCAAAGAUGUGGUCGUCCAUGUUCUAAUGAUGAUCAAUGUUCUGGUAAUCAGAAAUGCUGUCGUGCAGGUUCAUGUGGUACCGUUUGUAGGCGAUCUGUAUUCUAUAGGGGUUAAACUUAAAAUCUUCUAAACCACAUGCAUUGAUAUUACUACACUACAUGGCACGUAAAAUCCGUCUGAUAGCACAAAUACUGAAUGAGCAGUUUGAAAUUGGGCCUGUAUUUCACAUGUGAAUAAGGCAACGGUACUGGUACACAAGUUACUACAUUGAGCAAACCCCUUAUCAAAUUCAUAAAUUUUAGUAUUACCUGGAGUUUGGUUAUUGGUAUACUUACACUUAGAAAACACACUGUAGAGAUAACAUAUGCUAGA